AUGGGUAGAACCUUUGAUAUAUGGUUUUUUCAGACACGAAAGUGUGUCAUUUUGCUUUCUUCUGUUUCCUCGGACAGCAUGUUGAAAACCCAAGUGCAGGAUUUGGCCAUCCCAAGGGCUUCUUUGGAGAAGCCAAGGCGGUCCGUCUCGUUGCCGUUACCUUCCCCGGUGGAUGUCAAUGGUUUCUCUCGUAAAAGUUGCUCUUAUUCUAAGCUUCCCGAAGAGCCCAUCAAGCUCACCGUUCAGAAACUCGAUGGCUCUUCCUUCGAUGUCGAAGUUAUAAGGUCGGCCACCAUUGCCGAGCUCAAGCUGGCUGUUCAGCACGUCUUUAGUCAUAUGCCAAAGAAUGGUCCCGGCAAGAUUUCAUGGCCGCAUGUUUGGGGACAUUUUUGCUUGUGCUAUGAUGGCCUGGAGUUGCUCACAGAAACUGAUCAUAUGAUGAACUAUGGCAUCAAGGACGGUGAUCAGGUCUGUACCAUGUCAUGUUUCCUCUGUUUUUAA